AUGUCUAAAUUUUCGAUCGUCAAAGACACAAUCCGCAUGGUCCGCCGCUUCAAUUUGAUGGGGCGUACCUUGGAGUUUAAAAUCAAGCCGGUGCCCGUCGGCGAAGAACCCAUAGGGUGGGUUAAAGAGGCUAUCCAGCAGGCCAUAGCUAAAGGCGCCGAAGGUCUUAACCCCGAAGACCAGGUGUCUUUUUCGUUUUGUUCGAAGGACUUUGCCAGAGGUGAUCGCUGGGUCCGCUUCAAACCAGCUAAAGAAGUUACCUACGACGACGUGUGGGACGUCAUCUCCAGCGUCUAUCAAUCCAACUCCGCAGGGCUAAACACCGAGACGUUCUGUUUAGGCGUGACAUCGGUUAAGAUGCCUGUAGGGAAAGGACGUGGCGAAAAGUAUAACAUCUUCGACGAGGAGUGCGGCAUGAGACGUGGUAUUGUCGCAAUAAACAAUAAAGACAAUUUGUGUUUACCGCGCGCCCUCGUCGUAGCAAAAGCCAACGUGGACAAGGACACAGAGUAUAGAAAAGUUCGUAGAGAUAUCGGAAAGCUGCAGACUCUGCGAGCUCAAGACCUGAUACGGGUGUCGGGGGUUACCAUCCCCGAAGAAGGUUGCGGUAUCCCUGAGCUGCAGGAGUUCCAGCGACACCUAAAAGACUACCGCAUCGUCGUGUACCUGUAUGGCAGCAAAGGUCGCGACGUGAUAUUUAAGGGCUGCACAGAGGGCCCGUCGUUAAAUUUGAUUUAUCACGAGGGCCACUAUAAUGUUAUCACGUCACUAACGUCGGCCUUCUGCUGUGAUUAUUACUGCGAGAGGUGCCAAGUGCCAUAUAAUACUAAAAAAGAUCACAGGUGUGGUGGCACAUGUCCGGCGUGCCAGAAGUCACCCGCAUGCCCGGAAGACAUCGCAGUAACCUGUACCGAUUGUCAGCGUAGCUUCAGAGGCCGGCAAUGCUACGACAAUCAUAGGAGCCAAGGAUCAAAGGAAAAGAGCUCGGUUUGCAAGCAGAUUCGCCGUUGCCCCGACUGUCUCAAGGUGGUAAAAAGGGGCAGAACCCAUAUCUGCGGGGAGAUAUAUUGCAAGAUAUGCAACGCGCACGUCCCCGCAGACCACCUGUGCUACAUGCAACCCAACACAGGGAAGCCGAAGACCACCGAUCUUCUGUUCGUCUUCUACGACUUGGAGACGCGACAAGAAACAGCGAGGCCGGACGGAUCACACCUGCACGAGCCUAAUCUCUGUGUAUUCAAGCAAUGCUGCGACACAUGCCUCAACACGCCGCAGAAAAUCUGUAGUAAAUGCGGGGUUAGACUGCAGAUUUUAAGGUGCAAUGACCCCAUUUCGCCGUUCCUCCACCACCUCAUGACCAUGAGGAAAAAAUUCAAGCAGGUGGUGGUUAUGGCUCACAACGGACAGGCCUUCGACCACCAGUUCUGCCUGAAUUACAUCCUGACACAGACGAACCUCACCCCCGAACUCAUCAUGCGGGGUACCAAAAUAAUUUCCAUGGUCGUGGGGAACGUAAAGUUCCUGGACAGCCUAAAUUAUUUCCCCAUGGCACUGUCCAAGCUACCCAAGGCUUUCGGCUUGGGCAAUAAUUUCAAGAAAAGUUACUUCCCUCACCUGUUUAAUACCUCAGCCAACGCAGAUUACGUGGGCCCCCUACCAGCCGCCGAAUACUAUGACCCGGAUAAUAUGAAGGCGGAAGAUCGUGCCAAGUUCCUCGAGUGGCACGAAGAACACAGGGAUGACGUGUUCGAUAUGCAGCGCGACCUAGUCGAAUAUUGCAUAUCGGACGUGGAGAUCCUGACGGCUGCAUGUCUCAAGUUCCGACAGCAGCUGAUAGAAACAGGAAACGUCUGCCCGUACACGGAAGCCUGCACUAUAGCCUCUGCGUGCAAUAAGGUGUACAGGCGCAACUUCCUCAAGCCAAACACCAUCGGCAUCAUCCCCAAAGGCGGCUACAGAUGGCGCGACAACCAAAGCAAGAUAGCCAUACAGUGGUUAGUGUGGGAGGAACACCAGCGACAAAUAAACAUUCAACACGCUGCUAAACAGCAAGAAUCUCGAGUCGCCGGUGUAAAAGUCGAUGGGUACUGCGAGGAAACCAAGCAGGUGUUUGAGUUUAACGGCUGCUACUUCCACGGCUGCCCCGCCUGCUUCAAAUGUAAUAGAGACAUCCCCAUGCCCGAAGACCCCUCCCAGACAUUAAACACCCGCCAUGAAGCCACCCUUGCAAAGAUACAAAGACUUCGAGACCUCGGUUACGAGGUCAUUGAAAUGUGGGAAUGCGAGUUUAGGCGGGAUCUUCAUAAGAACGACAACGAAAUCCGCAACUAUACUGAAAACCACCCGCUCGUAACCCUAACACCGCUAAACCCCAGAGACGCUUUCUACGGAGGCCGCACAGGGAACACGGUCGAAUACUACAAGUGCGGCCCAGGCGAAAAAAUCAAAUACGUUGACGUAUGCUCCCUUUACCCCUGGGUCUGCAAAUACGGCAAGUUCCCCGUAGGCCACCCCAAGGUGCAUGUGGGCGAGGAAUGUCCUACAGAUCUUCGCAAUGUAAACGGACUUGUUAAAUGCAAGAUCCUCCCACCCCAGCAUCUCUACCACCCGGUGCUCCCCGCCAAGAUGAAUAACAAGCUCAUGUUUGUUCUCUGUCGCACCUGCGGAGAACACAUGAACACGAGCGAAGAGUGCCGACAUAGCGAUGUAGAGCGAGCUCUGACGGGGACAUGGGCGACGGACGAGGUGUUGAAAGCCCUUGAAAAAGGGUAUCGUCUGCUGAAGAUCCACGAGAUAUGGACCUACGACGUUCAGCAGUACGAUAAGGCCACAAAGAUCGGAGGUCUCUUCACGGAUAUGAUGAACAAGUUCAUCUCCGUGAAGCAACAGGCGUCCGGCUGGCCCGCCCAUUGUACCACAGACGAGGAGAAGGAGAGAUAUAUUGAGCAGUUCCUCGAGAGGGAAGACGUCAGACUGGAGUUUGCGGAGAUCUUGGAGAACCCCGGUCUUCGAUCUCUCGCAAAACUCAUCUUGAACAGCUUUUGGGGGAAGUUGGGACAGAGGGAGAACCAGCCCAAAACAUCUAUUGUGAGAAACCCCGCUGAAUUCUUCAGCAUGCUCACAAACCCCAGCAUCUACGUUAACUCGGCGCUCCCGAUCAACGAAGACACGCUCGUCGUUAACUGGGAGCACAGGGAGGAGGCCUACGACCCGCUCGCUACCGUAAAUGUCGUCAUAGCCGCUUACGUCACUACCCAGGCACGCCUAAAACUGUACAGUUACCUGGAACAGCUGGGCGACAGGGUCCUGUACUACGAUACGGACUCUGUCAUUUACGUGGCUAAAGACGAAGAGUACGACGUACCUACAGGCGAAUUCCUCGGUGACAUGACGGACGAACUGGAAGGAUACGGACCCGAAAGCUACAUAUCCGAGUUUGUCAGCGGAGGUCCGAAAAACUACACAUACAAGGUCUUCUCCACCAGAGAUAAUGAGGAGAAGGUCGUGUGUAAAGUUAAGGGUAUAUCCCUUAACUACUCAGCCUCACGACUGGUAAAUUUCGAUACCAUAAAAGAUAUGGUGUUGGAUACUUCCACUGCUCCGGUAUGCGUGGCCUCGAGAAACAUCUUGAGGACCAAGAAGCACGAGGUGGUUACAGUACAGCAAACCAAGCUAUAUAAACCUCUCUCCUGCAAGAGACGGUUCCUUGACGACCACAGCUCGGUGCCCUACGGUUUCAAAAGCUUUAACGCCUGUUUUUUUCUACACACACACUCUGUAUAA